GGCCCCGCCCCACUGGACCCGACCCCGCCCUCGCUCCAGGCUCCGCCCUCCCCGACCCUUGCCCAGGCCGCUCACACACGCCGUCAUGGCGGAUUCCGAGCUGCAGCUGGUCUCCCGGCGCAUCCGCAGCUUCCCCGACUUCCCCAUCCCCGGCGUGAACUUUAGGGACAUCUCGCCCCUCCUGAAGGACCCCGAAUCCUUCCGCACCAGCAUCCGCCUGCUGGCCGGCCACCUGAAGACAGCGCACGGCGGCAAGAUCGACUACAUCGCAGGCCUGGACUCCAGAGGCUUCCUGUUUGGCCCCUCACUGGCCCAAGAGCUGGGCCUGGGCUGUGUGCUCAUCCGGAAGCGUGGGAAGCUACCCGGCCCCACUGUGUCCACCUCCUAUGCACUGGAAUACGGGAAGGCUGAGCUGGAGAUCCAGAAAGAUGCCCUGGAGCCCGGCCAGAAGGUAGUCGUGGUGGAUGACCUGCUGGCCACUGGUGGAACCAUGUGCGCAGCCUGUGAGCUCCUGGGCCAGCUGGGGGCCGAGGUGCUGGAAUGCGUGACCCUGGUGGAGCUGACCUCACUCAAGGGCCGGGAGAAGCUGGGGCCAGUCCCCUUCUUCUCCCUGCUGCAGUAUGAGUGACACCAUCUUCAGCUGGACAAGAAACGGUUCACCUUGUGCCUUACCUGUAGGGGCCAAUGGCUGCAGCUCUGUCAUUUCCACCCAUUGAAGAAAGAGAUCCUUGGUAGAGUGACCAGUGUCUGCAGCCUCCUGUGGGCUCUGCCAAAUAUCACAGCCUGACAGAAUCAGGAGACAGCUUUGCUAACCCACCCGCUUGCUAUUACCCUCUGGUACCAUAGCGUAGACCCAGAUGCUAACAGAGCUUGGCUUUCCUGAUGGGAGCCCCAGCCAGGACAGCUCCUGGCAGGGCAGUGCUCUGCACCUGUUUCGUGCCUGUGCCUCCUGGGUGGACAGGACAGGCUGGGAGCCCAUUCCACAGGGGAGCAGAUGGGAUGGGACUCGCAGCCGUGUGGUCUGUGUCACUUGGUCUCCCGUUGCAGCCUAACAAGUGAUUGCACUUGGUGGUCUGUCUGGCAGGCCAGUUCCUCCUGCAGAGCCUGUGUUCCUGCCCAAUCUGAGGGUCCCCUGAGAUCUUUGACACCAGGCCACCUGGGUAAUCCAGUGUUAUCGUCGUCUCAACUCAGCACUGCCCCACAGCCCACAUACAGGAUGCUACUCCAGUUUUGUGUCUACGUGUCCCCCCAAAGCCUCACAGGUUCAGAUGGAAGCCUUUUCAGAGGCAGCUGGUCUACAGUGUGGCUGCCUCGUGGUGCAAUGCUGGGAUGAAGGGUGGGGGAUCCCUGGCUGUCUGCCGCCUCAAGUGGCACCACCCCAGUCCCAGUAGACGACAUACAACACAAGGGGCAGAAAGGCUUGCCUCCUUCCCUUGUUGCCUUGCUGACUUCCACUGCCAUGAACCACCCACUCGUGGCCUGGAACUUCUCUGAACUGUAAGCCAAAUAAACCUUACCUCCUUCGA